AUGGCGCUGUGGAAUGCCUCGACGCCAUGCGACGACGCAGCAUGCUUGUCGGCGCUGUGCAUCUCACGUGCGCCUGGUGUCAACCUGACAUCUCUCUGCGCCGUGGCGCACAGUGGAACGUGGGCCUGCUGCGGCCAUGCAAGCUACAACCACGUGUUCCCGAUCGCGCUCUGGCUGAGCUUUGGAUGCGUCACGGUUUGGUGCCACCUGCGCACGGGCCUCUUUGGUGACCUCGUACUUGGCGUCCAUACCCUCCACGACAUUCGAACACAAGCGCUCGGAGUCGUCGUGGCGCGCCAGAAACGUGUCAUUUUUGGCAAAGUGCGUCGGGAUCCGCGCCGUGUCCUGCUCCUCGUCUCCAUGGCCUACGAGGUCGUGGGCUUUAGCUACAUUCCUGGCCAGCUCCUUUUGUAUCAAUUCUUCGACAGGGGGUCGUUUAUGGGCCAAUUCUCCGGCGAGCUGCAGUGGGCCAAGUGCGUUCUGGGCACGGCACUGCUCGUGGUGCUCGAGGUAUGGCCGCCGCGCUGCUGGCCGCGGUCGUGGACCAGCGCCCGGGACAAGCUCCUUGCACCACUGCUCUACGAUCUAUGCUACACAACAGUGCUGUACGGUGUCGUCGAUGUCGGUGGCUGUUGGAACGGCGCCGACGACAUUCGACUACCGGACGGCACGAAUUGCGCCGACGCCUCUCGGUUUUGGCUCUUUCCGACGUUUGGCACCCUGCUUUUUAUCGCCUUUUACUACGGCACGCUCGAGUACAAGCGGCGGCUCAGCGAUGAUAUCUUCUCCGUUCAGUUCCGCUACCAUGCGUCGUUCAACGGUGUCAUGAUCGCCGUGCGCACCGCGGGGGUUCUCGGCUUUUACGCCGUCGAGAAAGGACUGCUCGAGCUCGAUGCGCUCGUCGUGUCGGUCAGCGUCAGUAUCGUGCACGUGUUCAUCUUUGCCACGUUGCUCUACUACAACUACACCCAUCAGCCUUGUUUAGGGGUCGGGUACCUCCCGAACAACCUGCGCAGUCUCUCGUUCGCGAGCGCUUGCUACUCGGGCACGCUCUUGCUUGUCGUCUCGGCCAUGCAGAUGAGUACGGGUCGGCGCGCGUGGACAGCAUACGAAACCAUUCUCGCAAGCGUCGCGACCAUCUUGUAUGCGCCGCUGGCUCUUCUCGUGUGGCGCUGGAACCGCGCCGCCGCGCUGCGCUAUCAAGUGCCCAACGCACCACUUUUGGAAUUGCUGCGGCACAACAACCUCCGCGUGCGCGCCGUCGCAGCCGUGAGCAUGGUCCUCGAAGACGUCGUUCUCGACCCGGUUGAAAUUCGUGCUCAAAUACUCGCGCUGCAUGCGACACUGCAAGCUGCGCCCCACGCCGAGGACGGGUGCGUCGCAGCGUACUCGUGUCAAGCGCUGUGGCACUUGUGGCGCCAUCGGUUCGAGCGCAACAAGCCAUUCCUUGAGACGCCGAAACGACCGACGGCGUGCUGGAAGUUUGGGUGCUGGGCGCACAGCCGCGAGUCGGGCCCGAACUUGGCUCUUCUCGAGCCAACGCCGCACGCCUUGGCGUCCGCCGCCACGUCCCGAAUGUCUAUGCGUCGAACCUCGAACCUCCGCGUCUCGCGGUUUUCCAUCGCGGGCUCGCGAGGCAUAAGUCUCGGGCGCCUCACCGAGCAGCAGACGUGUCGCAACGGCAUCAUGAGUAUUUUGGCACCCGUUGCCUUUGACGCAGGCAUGCAUCGGUGUGCAACCCACGCAAUCGACACGCUCACGUCACUCGUCCGGAGCCGGUACGCCAAAGCGCGCUUCAUCGCUGCCAAGGUUCUUCUUGAAAUGUACAAGUGCCGCGUGCUCCAGCUGACGAGAGACUCGGUCGCGUUCGUCGCCAUCACGCGACUCGUGUCGUCGCCUCGCCUUGCGGAUGCGGACGCUGCGGCCGAGACGCUGCGACGGCUCAUGAACGAAGGCGACGGCGCUGAGCGCAAGCGGCUCUUGCUGGUGGCGUUCACCGAUCACCUCAACGUGCUGCACGUGACUCAAGCCAUGGCCACGACUGAAUGGGAAAUCGAAAUCAGCGUUAUGCUGCUGCAGCUACUCACCGACGCACUCACACUGUGCAUGGUCCACGACACACCAAGCUCCGAUAUUGCUGUGCCGCCGCCCGACCGGUUCCUGAGCAAGGCCGCGGUCGAGUACCUCGUUCAGCUACAAAGUCGCUGGAAAGAGCACCGUGUGUUUGGCAUGGUCGACCAUGUUCUCGUUCUCAUGCGGCAGUGCUGCGAGCAUCAUGCGAUGAGACGCCAGUCGGCCAACAACGCUGUGCUGCCGGAACCGUGCGAAAACACUCUCAUGGGGACGCGCGAGUACAACGCUGUGCUUGAGCGUCACCGCACCCGCGUGAAAGUACUCACGUCAGUCCAGUGGGUCCUCGCAGAAGGGUACCCGAGCCAGAAGCGGCUUAACGAGCUCUCGCCCAAUACGCGCCGCGCCCUCGAGUCUGUCGCGUCGCUCAUCGCGUUGGGCGAUAACGACCUCGUGGCCUACUUGGAGAGCAACCUCUCCGAGCCGCAGCGAUGGUACCUCGGUGGCCUCCUCGGGUCGGUUGUCUAUCAAACGCAUGACGACAAACCUCCAUCGUAAUGUGAUCA